CGAGUACUCCGUACUCAUACCUAGCGAAAAAACUUUACGAGCGCAAAAUGCAUAUGCCUCCCAAAUUCGUUGGCCAGAAGUUGUCGACUGCUGCUGCCCAGCAACAACAGCACACACUCGAAUUAUAUCUCGAUUACGUGUGUCCGUUCUCGGCAAAACUGUUCAACACAUUCUACGCUUCAGCCAGACCUAUAAUUACUCAAAAGUAUGCGUCGAAGCUUCAGGUCAUGUUUCGUCAACAAAUACAGCCCUGGCAUCCAUCGUCAACCUUGGUACAUGAAGCCGCGGCUGCUGUUCUAAGGAUAGCCCCGGAGAAGUUCUGGCAAUUCAGUGCCGACUUGUUCAAGUACCAAGAAGAGUUUUUUGAUGUGAAUGUUGUUAAUGAAACACGUAACAAGACCUAUGAGCGGUUGGCAAAAAUUGCCGGCGGUGUUGGCGUGAAUGAGCGCAAGGUUCUCGAGUUGUUGACUAUCAAAGAGGAAGCCGAGAGUGGACAAUUGAACGUCGGAAACGAGGUGACCAAUGACAUUAAGUUGAUGGUCAGGUUAAAUCGUGUUGUAGGCGUACAUGUGACCCCUACAGUAUACUUCAAUGGACUCGAGGAGCCGGGGAUUAGCAGCAGUUUUGACGCUACCCAAUGGGAACAAUGGCUGACCAAGAAUGUGAUCUGAUUGCCUCUUUGGAAGAGGAAACAAAGAUGAAACAAAUGUAUUCCAAUGUCAAUUCUAUAUGUCUUUCUUUCAUUCCCACUAUUUUCCCCAUCUCGUUCAAUGCUCCGAAAUUCUGUAUUUGAAUGUAGUCGGCUGUUU